UGUUGCGUUUAUAUUUUUGUUCAAUAUUUGUAUGUGUUAUUGAACUGGUUUGAAUUGUGUAUUUCGCUAUUGUUGCGUGUCAUUUGUAAACAUUGCAAGAAUUGCAUAAAAAGUUAAGCCCUUCCCUCAACGUUAACGCUUGAAUCUACUUCCGGUGCAUUUCUUCGGGUCAGUUUGGACGUGUGCUGCUAGCAGAAAAAUGGCCUCAGACAAGCAAAAUGAAGGAAAAAUAUUACCUUUGGACGAGAAUAAAGAAAAUACAACGGAAGAUGGAAUAGGACUGGAGAGUAUCCUUUCUAAAGCUAUAAAGCUGACCCGGGACAAAUAUGUAAUUUAGCGACAGGAGGGCUUACCCAACUAACUAGUUAGCUAACGUAAUGCCGGAUGGCUAGCGCUACGUGUCAUUAGAAAAGCGGUUUACAGAUGUUGUUGUCAUUAGAAUAUUGCUAAAAUCAUGUGUAUUUAAGUAAAUUAACAUUGUCAACUUGCUACAUCCAUCACAUAAUGCAAAUCCACUGCUAAAGUAUAUUUAAUGUGAGCUUUUCUCAAAUGCACCACUGUGUACGUAACUAGGUUCUUGUGUGAAUGUAGUAGACUGGCCUUUAACGCAGACUUGCAGUUCUCCAGAUCAUCAAGGAUUCCCAGCAACAACAUGGUUUACGACACGGGGAUUAUCAAAGAUACAGGUGAGAUGGAGGACUGGACACUGACGCGAUAUGGCAGAGAAUGGGAGUUUGACAACCAUAGACCAUACCUUAUGGUUGGCUCGUAGUUUCACACUGUAAAAUUCACCUGUCUUUCUCUCUGUCCUAGGGGAUACUGCUCCCGGCGCUUGCGUCGUCUGCGCAAGACCCUGGGCUUCAAGUGCGGUAACAGGCACAAGUUCAUUGGGAAGAAAGUGACUGUCGAAAUGCUCUCUGACAACCGGUACUGUGACAACAGGUAUUCCCUACCAAUCCCAUUCUUUCAACAGUAUUAAAGUAGAACUGGAUUUACAAUCCAAAUACUUAAUGCAUGAUACCUGCCGGCAACCAUCCUGCUUGUAUCAUGCAGUUCUAGAACUACAAUCAAAAUACUCAUCAUGCAUGGUGCCCAGAGAGGCACCAAAAUGGCGGCCAGCACUAAAGUUGGCCCAAGUCCCUUGAAUAUAACAAAUUCCCUUCCCCUUUUAGGUAUCUACUGCUGGUACUGAUGGAGGCUGAGAGGGCGUGGAGCUAUGCCAUGCAGCUGAAGCAGGAGGCAAACACAGAGCCCCGCAAGCGCUUCCACCUGCUAUCCCGCCUGCGGAAGGCCGCCAAACAUGGAGAGAGGCUGGAGAAGCUCUGUGAGAGCCCCCGUGUGGAUGCAAAGACCAAACUGGAAGCACAGGUAGGCUAAUGCCCUGACCUGGAGAGUCAGUGACUUUCCCUAUUGUUUUACCUUCAUUUAUUUCAACAUGGUUCAAAUGCUGUUGAAGUGAAGUAAGAAUUUUCAACUGAAACUAAUAUUUGAGACAAAUAUCUAUCAGGUGAGGAACCAUCAGUAUAGGCAGCUGGGCGUGUCCUGGAGGAAAGAGCGCUUCAGGGCCCUGUCUUUGACCUAGGCCGAAAUAACUGCUGAUGACCUCUGAAUUAAUAAUAAUAAAUAAUGAAUGCAACUUGUCUGCAGGCCUACACCUCCUACCUGAGUGGCAUGGUGCGCUUUGAGCUGCAGGAGUGGAAGGCUGCCAUGGAGGCCUUCAACAAGUGCAAGUGAGUCUGACCCCACUACCUAAAGGCCUAAGUGUGGCACUUUUGAUUGCUGAGCUUUUGAUCUAGAGGAGUAAGAUGAUACUUUGACCUGGGGCAAAUGAGGCCUCAAGAAUAUAGGCUACAUUGUAUGUUGACAGAUGUCAAGUUGUCUAAUGUUUAAAAGCGGUACCUAAGCGUAUGCUUAGCAUAGCCAAACACAUUCAGCAAAUAGCUGUAUUCCCGGACCACCAUCUCGCUGCUUGUGAACUAUAGAAAAUGCCAUGUGACUGUAUUGUAACAUCUCUCAGGACCAUCUAUGAGAAGCUGGCCAGUGCCUUCACUGAGGAGCUGGCAGUGCUGUAUCACCAGCGUGUGGAGGAGAUCUCACCCAAUAUCCGCUACUGUGCUUACAACAUCGGUAGGUGACACACACAGUCCAUCGCUCAGAUUGACAGUGAAUUGCACUCUCAUAUGCAUUCACACAUGCACACCUCUCAUAUAGAGAAAAUCCUACACACCUAUUCAUUCUCCCACUUCUCUCUUUCCCACACCCUCGCACCGAACAACACAACUCAUUCCUGUUCAGUUGACUGGUACUGAACAACCCUACUUUCCUCUGACUCCAGGGGACCAGAACGCAAUGAAUGAGCUGAUGCAGAUGAGGCUGAGUGCAGGAGGAGGAGGAGGCAUGAUGGCUGAGAAACUAGAGGUCAGUGUGUGGUCCCUCUCACUGUAAAACACAUACAUAAUAACUACUACUUUACUACUGGGAAGUAUGGCCAUAAAUCUGUCCCUACAUCUAUAUUUUACUCUUUAGUGCAGAAAAAAUCACUAUGUUCCAAUGUCCAUACUGUUAUACCACUAAGAAUGCAUGCCCAAUACAUUGCUACCUUUUUUCGGUAGCAAGCUAGUGUGGAUAUUGGAUCAGACCUGCCUUAUGUAGCAUACUGUUAAAUGGUCAUAUUAUGGUAUUUUUCUAGGCCCUGAUCACACAGACGAGAGCCAAGCAGGCAGCCACCAUGAGCGAGGUGGAGUGGCGAGGCCGAACGGUGCCCGUCAAGAUCGACAAGGCCCGCAUCUUCCUGCUGGGCCUGGGAGACAACGAGGCCGCCAUCGCCCAGGUCAGUGACCCUACCAGAGGACUAGUCACAUAUGCCAUUUUCACACUACUGAGCCAAGCAGAACUUGACUGGGCUGGCCUGGUUUCACAUCCACCACAGUUGCUAGAACUGUGCCAGAAAGGACAAUGUGAAAAUAAAAUAUCAGAGCCGGCACAGUACGGUUCAGGUCAGCACGGCUCGACAUUAACGCUUGUCCUCUUGUCCGGGACAACCAACAACAAAAAGUCGGACAAGCAGAAUAUAGAUUUAAGUGGUACGAAUGGACAAAUAAAUAAUUCACAUCAAAAUAUCAAGCAAUUACUCUGAUUAGAAUUGGAUCUAAGUGUCUUCUGGAUGUGCUGUCUUGCGCACUUUUUUCCCCAAUCUCUGCAGAGCGCAUCUGAAUAGAAUUAUUGUAUUGCAUUGACAGGUACGAGCGAUCUUUCAAUCACCUGUGGUUGCAAGAUGUGCUUUUGAGAUCACCCUGUUCAUGUUUGUUCAUUCCUUGCUAGCUAGUGAGUUAUUUGCCCAGUUAUUUUUGGUCAGCAAACAGGGUUCAUUCUUUGCAUCUUACAACAUGCUUAUCGGUGACCUUUUUUGGCCUAUGGUGUUACAGGUCUUUAAUUGUUUGGGGGGGACAAGUAACUUGAGCUUUCAGACAAGUAAAGAAUUUGUCAAGUGGCUAAAAAAAACCGUUAAUGUCAGGCCCUGAAAAGGGUUUUGCUGUUCUGCUUGGACACCUCUGCUUCAUUAUGGGCUAGUGGGCUUAGGGAAGUAGCUACAGGGCUAGUAGUAAACUUAUGGGGCUAGUGGGCUUAGGGAAGUAGCUACAGGGCUAGUAGUAAACUUAUGGGGCUAGUGAACAAGGAUGCCUAAUGGAACUAGAGAAACUGUUGGUGAACUAGGGGGCCAGUGAACAGGGGUAUCAAGCUGUUAUCAACCAGUCUGUUGGUGAACUAGGGGGCCAGUGAACAGGGGUAUCAAGCUGUUAUCAACCAGUCUGUUGGUGAACUAGGGGGCCAGUGAACAGGGGUAUCAAGCUGUUAUCAACCAGUCUGUUGGUGAACUAGGGGGCCAGUGAACAGGGGUAUCAAGCUGUUAUCAACCAGUCUGUUGGUGAACUAGGGGGCCAGUGAACAGGGGUAUCAAGCUGUUAUCAACCAGUCUGUAGGGAGAGGUUAUCCUAAAGGCAGGUAAGGAGAAAGGGUGGCUAUCAUCUCGUGUAGUUCACCUUGGGUUUCAGUAGGUGGCGUUCUCUCCACUACAGCUCACUGACAGGUGUCUAUUGUCAGACUCUCCUUACCUUCCCUGUCGGUCUUGAUGUAGGCCUACCUCUUCCUCCCUGUGGCCACACCCGUCACACCCACCUGCACUCACAGCUCUGGCAUGCCGCCGCUCGUGCUGUCAAACUGCAUUCUAUGCAUAGCAACCCACACACUCACACGGCUACACCCAUCAGCCCUAGUCUCUAUGGACAGACAAGCAUCAGAGCUAAAUGGUUAUCAGUUUGGGAGUGGGACCAUCAUUUGUGUUAGAUGUAGCAUAGAAUUACAUGUAAUUGUGCUUACACUUUUGAAGUAAGGCUACAUUUGGGUAUGGUCAGAAAUUCCCCUCAUACCUGUCCUGUCCACAACCAGUUCUAUCCAAAUGUGCUUUUCGAGUUGAAGGUUAACAUUUUAUGCACCUUAAUCCUUAAUUGAUAUAUUGUGAGUCAAUGAUUCUGUUACAUUUAUGAAACAGUUGGACCAUUAUGGCUGCCUCUACUUCUACACUCCCCUUAUCUACCUCUGUUGUCUAAAGUAAUGUCCCAUUUUAUACAGAGAAAUUGGCAUAGUAGGCAAUGUAACCAAUCACAACCCUCCUUUUACUUGUUUCAUUGCACAUCCUGCAAAUGACCAGCAGAGGGUGACCAUUUUGAAUCUAUUUUCACAUUCUCUCUGUUGGUAAUGCUUACAAACUCUCUAAAAGUAGCAGAGAUCCAACUCUGGAACUUUGAUAUGCCUGUAGAGUAUAUUAUGUUCAACAAUAUAGAGAAAAUCAAAACAAUUCAAUAUUCAUAAAUGUAUGAAAAUAAUUUAAAUCAAAAUACUACUCAUAUUACAGAGCAAGCGGUAAAGAUUAAUAUGUCACCAAUUUUUCCUUUGUAGCACACAUAUUAAACAUUAUGGAGUCUUAAAAGGAGGCCUGGGUAAGGCCAAAAUGUCACAUGCCAACUUGAAUGAUUUCUCAUUUAUGCUUUUAGAUACAAAUGUCAAAUAUAUGUCGACAAUCCUUCCUCCAAAGGACUAUUCUGUAGAUUACAUUUAGUGAAAAUCCCCCAAAUCAUGGCCAUUUUUGUCUGGGUUUCGUGAGGAAUCACUCAACCAUUCCAACGGAACUGCCAUUUAAGGCCAUGCACAGGCCCUUGGGGAUAUACUGAAAAGAUAUCCGCCAUCCCUCCCUCUGUUAAAGGCACAGAAGACACCAGACUGGUUCUCCCAGUCCUGUUAGGGGACUAGGCGUUGCCAGGGUGGUGGCAAUAGUUUGUGUGGCACCACAAGACACCCCCCCUACAUGCUGGAUGGAUAGGAGUGAAUGUUACUUCAGUCUGUCCAAUACGAAUUUGUGUUAAAGGGCAACUCCACAACUCUUCAUCCUCAUUUUAAUUAUCUCCAGCACAAUACAAUUUUUUACGUUAAGAAGUUCUACCCGAUGACAUCAUCAAAAGUUACAACAUUUUUAAAAACUGAUUUUCAAACACAGAUUCGUGGUGAUGUGGGGAGCUAGAAACUCUUAGUUUUUUUAAAUGACUUUUUUUCCUUUAAUCCUACUCUGUGAUGUCACAAGAUAGGUUUCCAUCCAAUUCCAAAAUCUGCAUAAAGAAAAUAUCAGCGUGUGGUGUGUUUCCACAAAAAGUACUUACAGCAGAUGUAAAAAAAAUCGGUGCCUGAUGACUUAUUGUACACAAUGUACUUUUUCUCUUAAGUUUUCAUAUAUAUCGAAUAACAAUCGAAAGUUCAAUGUGUUUCCAUUGCAUUUUCAACUCUACCAAUAGUAUCAAAUUGUCUUUGUCACAUUCGGCGAAUACAACCGGUGUAGACCUUAAAGUGAAAUGCUUACAAUCCUUUAACCAACAAUGCAGUUUUUAAGAAAAAUAAGUGUUAAGUAAAAAAUAGAUAAGUCAAAUAAUUAAAGAGCAGCAGUAAAAUAACUGUAGUGAGGCUAUAUACAGCGGGUACCGGUACAGAGUCAAUGUGCGGGUGCACAGGUUAGUCGGGGGGGGGGACAGACAAUGCAAAUAGUUUGGGUAGCCAUUUGAUUAGUUGUUCAGGAGUCUUAUGGCUUGGGGGUAGAAGCUGUUUAGAAGCCUUUUGGACCUAGACUUGGCGCUCCGGUACCGCUUGCCGUUUUGUCACAAAUGGUUGCGCUAAAUAGCAAAUGUUCCUACUCUGGUCUUGGCACACGCGCUCUAGCCAACUGCUCGCAAAUACAGUGCGUAGGGUUGGGCUAUAUCCAGAUUUUCAUACCGUUUCUGUACCAUACACAGUAUUUCCAGAAGUGCACACAAGGGGCGCUAUACUUUUGAAAAUUGUAUUUUAAGUAGUCAUUUUUCUCUCCCACAAAACAAUUUGGGCAACAGGGAUCUUGAUCCAGGAAAGGAUUGAAUGUCUCUGCUGUAACCAAGAAGCUUGAUCUUGACAUCUAGCCACUUAGCUAGCAAACCAAAUGCAUAGCUGGAGCCCUUAAAUUAUUUGACACAACUUAGAUUUAUUUUAAUUUAACAGUAUUUAAAAUUAUACCGUCGGAAUUUUGAAAUACCCAGAUAUACGGUAUAACCGGUAUACCGCCCAAGCCUAACUGUGCGGGUAGGCUACUUUACAUAAUGAGAUUAUUAAGAGCGAGAAUAUAUUUUUGUCAAACGGCAGUCAAGCAUCGAUCAUCAUGUCACCAGAAUAAGACCGUCGAUAUUAAUUGGAAAGGAGCAUCAAGGUCACUGGCAUUUUCACCACCCUGUGAAGUUCAUUAUAAGUUAUUUAAUAUGUAGCCUAAUAAACUGCAUGGUUUCCUGAGUUGUAGUGGGAGGACCACACAUCAUAUCAUCUCAUGACUCGAAUAUGAUGAUUAUUAUGUAAAUAUUUGUGCAUUAAGGAGUCUCCACCUCCAUUUCUCGCAUAAUUAAUUUUACAGACACAAAAAGAUCCCACCAUGUCGAAUGAACAAAUUAUCUUUCGGCAUUUAUAAAAUUGUACUGAAACCAUCAGUUUCCAUCACAGCUGUCAUAAUACAUUUUUUUAAAUACGGUAUGACUUUACUCGCAUAAAAACUGGAUGGAAAUGUGGUUAAUGGUAAACAUUCUUUUAGGAUAUUUUUAUAUUUUAACCACAGAUCAUAUAAAUGUGCCUUUUCAAAUAUGUAGACAGUGGUAUGGUGCUGGAAAUAAUGAGAUGAUGAAUAUGAGGUUGAAAAGUGGCAGAAUUGUCCUUUUUAAGUGGAACGCUCCCAAAGCAUUCCCCGCCAUGUUUUAGCGCUUUAUUGAUUGCUUAAGUGUUUUUGUCAGCUAAAGAGAAGACACUGGCGACUCCUCUGAGAAUUACUAUGUCUCACAAGCAUGUACACAGAUUCGUCAGAGGAUAAAAUGCAGCCAAAUAAUUUAAGAUUGGAUGGAUUCGUCAGCAGGGGAAUAUAUAACAAACAUAUUUUAUUAGCAAUUUUUUAUUUAAUAUGGGCGCUGCUAGGACGUUCUAACUAGGACAUAUUAGUCAUUGACGAUAUUGUAAUAUUUAAUCCUAUAACAUUUCUCUGAUUCACACUCAUCUUCUAAAAUGACUGACAUUUUCAUAAACAAUACAAACCACAACACUUGGCUGCCUCCUAACCUGCAAGCUAGCCUACUGUACCGUAACCCAGGCUUAUUGCAAGCUAGCCUACUGUACCGUAACCCAGGCUUAUUGCAAGCUAGCCUACUGUACCGUAACACAGGCUUAUUGCAAGCUAGCCUACUGUACCGUAACACAGGCUUAUUGCAAGCUAGCCUACUGUACCGUAACACAGGCUUAUUGCAAGCUAGCCUACUGUACCGUAACACAGGCUUAUUGCAAGCUAGCCUACUGUACCGUAACACAGGCUUAUUGCAAGCUAGCCUACUGUACCGUAACACAGGCUUAUUGCAAGUUAGCCUACUGUACCGUAACACAGGCUUAUUGCAAGCUAGCCUACUGUACCGUAACACAGGCUUAUUGCAAGCUAGCCUACUGUACCGUAACACAGGCUUAUUGCAAGUUAGCCUACUGUACCGUAACACAGGCUUAUUGCAAGCUAGCCUACUGUACCGUAACACAGGCUUAUUGCAAGUUAGCCUACUGUACCGUAACACAGGCUUAUUGCAAGCUAGCCUACUGUACCGUAACACAGGCUUAUUGCAAGCUAGCCUACUGUACCGUAACACAGGCUUAUUGUGUAAAUCUUGGGGGGGAUAUGAAGAACACGGCUUCUCUUUCACAUCGAUCCUGAGCUACAGUAACGCUAGGGAUUGACCAAUUACAGCAAUGUCUACAGCAACCUGCUCUGCUGCAUACUUCUGUCUCUCUCCCAGUCACAGCCUCACCCAAGACCUACUUUAAGUUUUACACUAAUAUUUACAUGUUUGUAUGAUUUCAUCUGAUUCGUACAGGAAGCAAGGCUCUACAGUGCAACCAUUUCAAGUAUGAGCACAUGUGCGAGUAAAAUGCUGCCGUAGCUAUUUUCAAAGUAUUUCAGCUGUUUUGUUUCAUACUCUUGCUAUCGCACAAAGAAAUACGAAUCCCAUAUCCCACCUCGCGCUGAAACAGUGCCUGGGGGCUGUGCACACUGUAAGUAAUGUGCUAAGAGAUACAUUUUUAGAAGGCCACAGCACAGGCAUAGGGAAGAUCUCUAUUGCCUAUGCCUUGUGUCCUCUAUCCUCAUGUCCUUCUCAAUACCCAUUGGAGGAGAAGGUCAGUGGAGGGGAGGUAUAUAUGAAUGUAUAUUGUAUGUCGUAUUUAAACUGGCUCACCAUUUGUCACCCACAGGCAGCCAAUGAGGAGACCAAGGAACGUCUGUACGAGACCCUGCUAGCCGAGUGCAGAGACACCAUCCAGGCUGUGAGAGAGGAGCUGAAGACUGAAGCGGUAAGGAUGACUGACUGACAGAGAUACAGACAUGACCGUUUUGGGUUACGGAAUGAUACAUUUGAAGUUACAGACAUGGCAGUUUGGGUUACGAUCUGACCGGGGUUCACAUUGAUACUUGGGGUUACGGACCUGACAUAGUAAAGUUCAAAGGAUAAACAGUAACGUGAGUAGAAGGGUCAAGGACUACACCAUACCCUGUCACUAUCUGUCUAUAUGUAAAUGCCCCCUGACUUUUCAACUCUGCAGAAGCAGCGAGAGAGAUCUGAUGAAGCCAGUGGCAAGGUGUCCAACCUGCAGUUCCUGCACAGGUAAGAGAGGUCAUUGUGUCUGUCUGUGACAUUUGUCAAAGGAUGCAAGAUGCAUGGUGACCCCUAUCUCCUCACCGCGUCCUCAACCGUAUUGGAGGAGAAGGUCCAAGGUCCCUCCCUCAGACCGUCUUCUCCAAUGAGUUUUGAGAAGAUGAGAAAUACAAGCAAAUAUGAAUUAAGAGCCUAUCUGUACAUGGAACCGGUCUUUGGACCUGUUUGUGUUCCCCCUUCCAUAGCUACCUGACCUACAUCAAGCUGUGGACGGUGGUGAAGAGGAAUGAGAGCAUGGCCCACAUGCUGCAGGCCAAGCUGAAGGAGCCGCAGACGGACGAGAACAAAAGGGGCCCUCGCCCCCAGGACCUCAUCCGCCUCUACGACAUCAUCCUCCAGGUACAAAAACACACAUUUGGGUUGUAUUCAGUAGCCACAAAAAGGGGGAAAAUAGAGUAAAACAGGGCGGUACAACCUGAGGUUGUUAAAAAUGUAUUUGUAUUUUUCUGUUAAAAUGUUUUGCUGUUGUGUGCGCUUAUGAGUACACUUCUGAUAAAACAACAACACGCGUCGCUUGUCAUCUCUGGCUCAUUCCAAAUGUCUAUCUGUUUCCUUGUCGUCUGAUAAUGUUACAGUAAUUGAUAGUGAAACUGAAUGGUUUGAUAUUUUCCUGCUUCAUAACCACAAAACAUCCAAACCACUCUUGGAGUUGGAGAAAGUUAAAAUACCUCUAUUUACUCAGCAUACCCAGGAUCAAGUCCAAAAACUAUACUGAACAAAAAUAUAAACUCAACAUGUAAAGCGUUGGUUUCAUGAUCUGAAAUAAAAUAAAACAAAUGUUCCAUACGCACAAAAAGCUUAUUUAUCUCAAAUUUUGAGGACAAAUUUGUUUACAUCCCUGUUAGUGAGCAUUUCUCGUUUGCCAAGAUAAUCCAUCCACCCGACAGGUGUGGCAUAUCAAGAAGCUGAUUAAACAACGUGAUCGUUACACAGGUGCACCUUGUGCUGGGGACAAUAAAAGGUCACUCUAAAUUGAGCAGUUCUGUCACACAACACAAUGCCACAGAUGUCUCAAGUUGAGGGAGCGUGCAAUUGACUGCAGGAAUGUCCUCCAGAGCUGUCGCCAGAGAAUUGAAUGUUAAUUUCUCUACCAUAAGCCGCCUCCAACGUCACUUUAGAAAAUUUGCCAGGAUGUCCAACCGGCCUCACAACCACAGACCACGUGUAACCACGCCAGCCCAGGAACUCCACAUCCGACUUCUUCACCUGCGUCUGCGGGGGUGCCCGCCAUUCAAGCCUAAUGUUAAGCCCAUAGAAAUAUAAUGAUUAUUUCUGGUUAAGCCUCUACCAGUGAGUCAUCUUGUCCUUGUUGAUGUUGCCUCAUGACUGUUUCUACAGAGUCUGGCUGAGCUGUCCACCCUGCAGGGGCUGGAGGAAGAUCACACGUUCCAGAAGGAGGUGGCCCUCAAGAUGCUGGUCUACAAGGCCUACAGGUCAGAGCUCACACCACAGAGGACACACAUCACACACACAUACGCAGUACACACACACACCGUCCACAAACACUCCCACAGGUGUUUCUUCAUAGCCUUGAUGUACAAGCUAGUAAAGAAAUGGAGCGAACAACAUAUACACACACACAGUUAUUGGCAUGACCCCUGCCAUUCAGGUGUUUCUAAUCCGCCUCUGCCAGAACAGAAGCAUGCACACAGUCACUAACAUCCCUCCUAUUUCUCCCUCAGGUGUUUCUUCAUAGCCCAGUCGUACGUGCUGGUAAAGAAGUGGAGUGAGGCUCUGGUCCUGUAUGAGCGGGUCCUGAAGUACGCCAUGGAGGUCCAGUCCAAGGCCAAGAGCCUCAACAACAGCCUCAAGGUAACAGGCACUGACCCCUGACCUUUGACCCCUGACUGUGGCCAGUGUGUAAACGCACAUUUUAACAUACAGGUAACUGCCAAAAUAAAGGAAACGCAACAUAAAUUGUCUUAAUAGGGUGUUGGGCCACCACGAGUCAGAACAGCUUCAAUGCACCUUGAGGAUGGAUGCGACACCAUUCUUCCACAAGAAAUUCCAUAAUUUUGAGUUUUGUUGAUGGUGGUGGAAAACGCUCUCUCAGGUGCCACUCCAGAAUCUCCCAUAAGUGUUCAAUUGAGUUGAUCUGGUGACUGAGACGGCCAUGACACGUUUACAUCAUUUUCAUGCUCAUCAAACCAUUCCAUGACCACUCGUGCCCUGUGGAUGGGGGUAUUGUCAUCCUAUGGGGGCAUAGCCAUGGUAGCAAAAAUAAUGGCUACCCAGUAUUUCUAUACAUGACCCUACGCAUAAUUAACUCAGCACACCUGUGUGGAAACACCUGCUUUCAAUAUACUUUGUAUCCCUCAUUUACUCAAGCGUUUCCAUUAUUUUGGUAGUUACCUGUAUAUAUAACUCAGGGUGAACUGAAAAGCUUUGUCGUCUGUCAAAUACUACUCAUGAUAUAGAAUCAAUUGGCUCUGGAGUUCAAACCAUGACAAUAUCCACAAAGUAGGUGUUGUAUUAUCUGUUGGGCAUUUUUGGGGGAGGGGGCCUGUCAUUGAAAUUGAUGCAGGUAGGUAAACACGUGUUAUUCAUGAUACUCUACUAUUGGACCGUCUACAAUGUCUUAACUAAUGUAUCUGUCUCCCUUGCCUAUAGGAUCUGCCUGAUGUGCAGGAGUUGAUCACAGAGGUCAACGCUGAGAAAUACUCGCUUCAGGCGGCAGCCAUCUUAGGUGGGUACCUGACUUGCAAUGGCAGCCAUUUUGUUUCUAUAGGGUAAUGCCCUUACCUGGGUUAGGCAACUGUCUUUGUAGUGACUUUUCUGCUUGACUUGUCAUUGUUGUGACCUGACCAGUGUGUUAUUUUUUUAAUUCUCUUCCAAGACUGAGGUCUCUGGUUUAUUUUGCUUGUGUUAUGAAGCUGAGGGUGUGUGUUUGUAUUUUAGACACGGAGGAUGCUCCUGAAGCUCCCUCUCAGCAGAAGGUGAAAGACAACACGGUAAGAAUGAAGAAAAUCAGCCUCCUGCAAAAAAACAGUCUCACAGUUAACCACCCCCAAUGUGCUUGGCCCUAACACUAAUCUCUUGUGGAAAGAAUAUUGGUGUAAUUACGACGUUUGGGUUUUUCCGUCACUGGUUAUUUGGACUAAACAAGAUUUCGACCUAGCGUUAGCAUCUUUCGGAUUUCGGAAGGGGAGGGAACAUUCGGCCGUAACUUGCAAAGAGAGAGGGUGGAGUUCCUCGUUCUAGCAUUUCUUGAUCUCUUCUCUUAACAUGGACCCAGAAUUGAAUCGAGCAGCUGACCAAUUCCGUGAGACUUUAGUUGUGGGUUAACUCUGACAUCUCUGUACCUCCCAAGUUCCAGCCUUGCCAUUUUCUGGGUGAUUUUCAGGUAAUGGUGGGAUAAAUGAAAACGGAGUGUAGUGAAUACUACUGUAUGUAUGUCUCCUGUAAGUCGCUCUGGAUAAGAGCGUCUGCUAAAUGACUAAAAUGUAAAUGUAAAUGUAUGUAUGUAUGUACAGUGAGGGAAAAAAGUAUUCGAUCCCCUGCUGAUUUUGUACGUUUGCCCACUGACAAAGAAAUUAUCAGUCUAAAAUUUUAAUGGUAGGUUUAUUUGAACAGUGAGAGACAGAAUAACAACAACAAAAAUCCAGAAAAACGCAUGUCAGAAAUGUUAUAAAUUGAUUUGCAUUUUAAUGAGGGAAAUAAGUAUUUCACCCCUCUGCAAAACAUGACUUAGUACUUGGUGGCAAAACCCUUGUUGGCAAUCACAGAGGUCAGACGUUUCUUGUAGUUGGUCACCAGGUUUGCACACAUCUCAGGAGGGAUUUUGUUCCACUCCUCUUUGCAGAUCUUCUCCAAGUCAUUAAGGUUUCAAGGCUGACGUUUGGCAACUCGAACCUUCAGCUCCCUCCACAGAUUUUCUAUGGGAUUAAGGUCUGGAGACUGGCUAGGCCACUCCAGGACCUUAAUGUGCUUCUUCUUGAGCCACUCCUUUGUUGCCUUGGCCGUGUGUUUUGAGUCAUUGUCAUGCUGGAAUACCCAUUAACGGCCAAUUUUCAAUGCCCUGGCUGAGGGAAGGAGGUUCUCACCCAAGAUUUGACGGUACAUGGCCCCGUCCAUCGUCCCUUUGAUGCGGUGAAGUUGUCCUGUCCCCUUAGCAGAAAAACCCCCCCAAAGCAUAAUGUUUCCACCUCCAUGUUUGACGGUGGGGAUGGUGUUCUUGGGGUCAUAGGCAGCAUUCCUCCUCCACCAAACACGGCGAGUUGAGUUGAUGCCAAAGAGCUCGAUUUUGGUCUCAUCUGACCACAACACUUUCACCCAGUUCUCUUCUGAAUCAUUCAGAUGUUCAUUGGCAAACUUCAGACGGCCCUGUAUAUGUGCUUUCUUGAGCAGGGGGACCUUGCGGGCGCUGCAGGAUUUCAGUCCUUCACGGCGUAGUGUGUUACCAAUUGUUUUCUUGGUGACUAUGGUCAGAGCUGCCUUGAGAUCAUUGACAAGAUCCUCCCGUGUAGUUCUGGGCUGAUUCCUCACUGUUCUCAUGAUCAUUGCAACUCCACGAGGUGAGAUCUUGCAUGGAGCCCCAGGCCGAGGGAGAUUGACAGUUAUUUUGUGUUUCUUCCAUUUGCGAAUAAUCGCACCAACUGUUGUCACCUUCUCACCAAGCUGCUUGGCGAUGGUCUUGUAGCCCAUUCCAGCCUUGUGUAGGUCUACAAUCUUGUCCCUGACAUCCUUGGAGAGCUCUUUGGUCUUGGCCAUGGGAAAGAGUUUGGAAUCUGAUUGCUUCUGUGGACAGGUGUCUUUUAUACAGGUAACAAACUGAGAUUAGGAGCACUCCCUUUAAGUGUGUGCUCCUAAUCUCAGCUCGUUACCUGUAUAAUAGACACCUGGGAGCCAGAAAUCUUUCUGAUUGAGAGGGGGUCAAAUACUUAUUUCCCUCAUUAAAAUGCAAAUCAAUUUAUAACAUUUUAUAACGUUGGUCUGGAUUUUUUUGUUGUUAUUCUGUCUCUCACUGUUCAAAUAAACCUACCAUUAAAAUUAUAGACUGAUAAUUUCUUUGUCAAUGGGCAAACGUACAAAAUCAGCAGGGGAUCAAAUUCUUUUUUCCCUCACUGUAUGUAUGUUAGUUGUACAGUAGUGAGAGGAAGUAGUGUUGGGAAUAGUAGUGUGCCUACCACAGAUCAUUGCUUUACAUGUGCCAGCCUGUUGGAAAUAAUACUCCCAGACCUGCCUCAGUCAAUACAGGACAGAGCUGGAAUGCUGCCUAGCAGACUGACACGGAAAAACAACGUUUGGGUGAUAGAUGACCUAUAUCAGGAGGCCUCUGCCAGACAUAUACUGUAUGUCAUUGUGUAAUCCCACACCGGAUUGGGUUUCACUCUUAAAUCCGUCAUAGAAAUGUCAUGAUGCUGCUGCCAUGAGCGGUGUAUGUCGACAUGGCAGGUAUUAGAGUUGUUCACUGCUGAACCUAGUGCUGGUUCAUGAAAGAUUACCUCUGCUUUGCUAACAGACCCAAACCUCAUGACAGGUUCUAGUCAUUUACUUUUACCAGUCCCUGCUCUCCCUCUAAUUUGUCUAUUCCCCCUGUCCGUCCGUCCAUCCAGCCUCUGUGCGAGCGCCUGGAAACCUUCCACCUGGACCCCACCCUGGUGGGGAAGCAGCCCAACCUGGUCCAGUUCCCCCCCGACUUCCAGCCCAUCCCGUGCAAGCCCCUCUUCUUCGACCUGGCACUCAACCACGUGGCCUUCCCGCCCCUCGACGACAAGGUGGAGCAGAAGGGCAAGGGCGGCCUGACCGGCUACAUCAAGGGCAUCUUCGGCUUCGGCAGCUAAAUGGAGUCCCAGGCUUCGGCGAGGCCUUCAGGGUGGAAGCCACCAUGGGCCCCAAUGAUAUUGAUAAACAAGCUGAGUGGGUUUCUAGAAUACUGGCUCUGUCUCCACCUGAACUGUGGAAACAAUGUCUGUGUCUGGAAAUGGCAACCUGUUCCCUUAUGUAUUACACAACUUUGACCCUACGGGCCCUGGUCGAAAGUAGUACACUGCAUAGGGAAUAGGGUGCCAUU